UCCCAAGAAAAUUGAUACUGUUUUAAUUUUUAAUUCAUAAAUUAUGCAUUACACGAAAUAUCUGGUAAGCAUAAGCAAGGAACGAUUAAGCAGCCCUUUCUGUAAACAGUAGUGAAUUUCAUAAACCUAAUUUUACCUUACUUACCUAAUAAACAAAUAAAUUUAUUAAUUAAACGAUUGUUCUUAAUUUUUUAAAAAUAACAUUGUAUUAAAAUUAAUUGUGCAUGACGUCAUGGCAAAUUCAUCUUCUGUUUGUUUACUUUUAUAAUUUACGGAAAACCGCGAUCGCAACUCCAGAAGGGAAGUUUUACUGAAAGUGAAAGACAAUUUAAAUGGCUUUCUGUAGUGUUUUAAAUAAUAACAACAUGAUGCCGGCAUCAAAAUCUGAAAUUGAACAAAUUUACCGUAAACUAGAGCAAGGUACAGAUUUAUUAAAGUUAUACUUAAAUAAGAAACCCGAGAGACGUACUUUCUGCAUCAAAUUAGAAACUAGACAAAUUAUAAUGUUGAGACCUAUUGCCGGACGUAGUGUUCUGGAAGGCACAGUUGAUCUCCGAGAAGUAAAAGAAGUUAGAAUGGGAAAAAAUUCUAAGCCAUUUGAACGCUGGCCUGAUGACACUAGAAAGUAUCAAAAUAAUGAAUGUUUUACGAUUAUAUAUGGCAACACAUUUAAACUGAAAUUGUUAUCUUGUGUUGCUAAAAAGGAUGAAUGUGAUUUGUGGGUCAAAGGAGUUCGUCACCUUUCAGCAGAAAGUUCGUCUGCACCAUAUCCAUUGUUAGUGGAAAGAUGGUUGAGAAAAGAGUUUUACAGCAUGGAGAGUCUGCGAGGAGUGAUUACCAUCAAAGAUUUGAAAGCAUUUUUACCUAAGAUCAAUUUGAAAUUACCCACAAAUAGACUAAAAGAAUUUUUUCAGGAUGCUGAUACUCGAAGAGUUGGAGAAAUUGGUUUUGAGGGUUUUGCUUCAUUAUAUCACAACUUAAUUCAUGAUGAACAAUUAUUUUGUAGUACAUUUGGUCAAUAUACUACUGAUGGCCAACGUGUUACAUUGCAAGAAUUUAAACAAUUUCUACUUGAACAACAAAAGGAUUCUGAUGCUUCAGAUGAAGAAAAAGUUAGCAAGAUCAUGCGAGAGUACCUUGAAGAUCCUAGUAGAGAUGCCCAAGAACCUUUUUUCACUGUUCCUGAGUUUUUAGAUUUCUUGUUUUCUAAACACAACCAUGCAUGGGAGUCUAAACAUGAUUUAAUUAAUCAAGACAUGACUCAACCAUUGGUGAACUAUUGGAUUGCAUCAUCACAUAAUACUUACCUCACUGGUGACCAAGUUAAAUCUGAAUCCUCAACUGAAGCUUAUGCCAGGUGUCUCCGAAUGGGAUGUCGUUGUAUUGAAUUGGAUUGCUGGGAUGGUCCAGAUGGUAUGCCUCAUGUUUUCCAUGGCCAUACAUUGACUAGCAAAAUAAAAUUUCUUGAUGUGAUUAAAACAAUUAAAGAACAUGCUUUUGUUGCAUCAGAGUAUCCAGUCAUUCUUAGUCUUGAAAACCACUGCACACUACCUCAACAGCGAAAUAUGGCAUCUGCCUUCCUUGAAAUAUUUGGGGAUUUGCUCUUAACUCAACCAGUUGAAAGAGAUGGAAUGCAAAUGCCCUCUCCUGCUCAACUAAAACGAAAGAUAAUAAUCAAGCACAAAAAGCUUCCUGAAGGUCACGAGGAACGCAUAGUUGUAAGAAAUGAUGAAGCAGGAGCUGAAUCUGACAUCAGCAAUGCCAUAAAGAAUGGUAUUUUAUACUUGGAAGAUCCUGUUGAUCAUGAGUGGCGACCUCACUUCUUCAUGCUUACUCAGAAUAAGAUGUAUUAUGCAGAAGAAGAAGAAAGUCGAGAUGAAGAUGAUGACAAUGAAGAUACAAGUACUCAACCCAGAGAAGGUGUUCCUAGCAAUGAGCUUCAUUUUGGUGAAAAAUGGUUCCAUGGGAAAUUGAGUGGAGGAAGAACUCAAGCUCAAGAACUCCUUAAUCAAUACUCAUUUUUAGGUGAUGGUACUUUUUUGGUACGAGAAAGUGAAACCUUUGUUGGAGACUACUCAUUAUCUUUUUGGCGACAGGGUACAGUGAAUCACUGCCGCAUCAGAUCAAGACAAGAAAGAGGACAAACAAAGUAUUACCUGAUUGAUACCAUAUCAUUUGAUACAUUGUACAGUCUUAUUACCUAUUAUCAAUCCAAUCAACUAAGAAGUCCAGAAUUCUGCAUGUGUCUGACGGAACCAGUACCACAACCAAAUAAGCAUGAAGGAAAAGAGUGGUAUCAUGCUAAUAUGACAAGAGCUCAAGCAGAAGAUAUGCUGAAACGAGUGCAUUAUGAUGGAGCUUUCUUAGUGAGACCGAGCGAAAAAGAAGCUAAUUGUUUUGCCAUUUCAUUUCGAGCUGAAAAUAAAAUCAAACAUUGCCGAAUCAAACUCGAAGGUCGCCUUUUCACUAUUGGCACUGCACAAUUUGAGAGCUUAGUGGAAUUAGUUAACUAUUAUGAAAAACAUACCUUGUAUCGCAAAGUGAAACUUAAGUAUCCAGUUAAUGAAGAAGUUGUAAGGAGAAUCGGUGGAGAACCAGAAUAUUCUCCUGUGUAUGGUCCCCCUGGAAUGUACAUGGAUCCCAACUGCUUCAUUUCUAAGAUAACUGUGAAAGCUUUGUAUGACUAUCGUGCAACACGCGUCGAUGAAUUGUCAUUUUGUAAACAUGCUAUCAUCACAAAUGUUGUGAAGGAAAGUGGAGGUUGGUGGAAAGGCGAUUACGGUGGGAAAAAACAACACUGGUUUCCAGCAAAUUACGUUGAAGAAAUUGAACCACAGGAAAAUGGCGACGAAAAUUCUGUUGAAGCUAUGCCCCUUGGUAGUCUGCAAAAGGGAAGCAUUGACAUAGUUAACUGCACUGUUGAUAUUUUGACUUCAUCAAAUAGAGGAAGAGAAUUUGUGUUUCGUAUUGUAUCACCUCGUCAAGUCACUCCCAUAGAAAUUGCUGCCGGUUCCAGAGAAGAAAUGGCUGAAUGGAUACAAAAAAUUCGAGAGACAGCGCAAUCUGCCAAUGACAUGUUGCUACACAGCAAAAAGAUGGAAAGGACGUUAAGAAUAGCCAAAGAACUGUCCAAGUUAAUUGUGUAUUGCCGAUCUAUGCCAUUUAGUCCAGAAAAAAUCGGUAAUUUUACAGAAAUGUCAUCAUUUCCUGAAACUAAAAUUGAAAAAUGGGUAUCUGCUGCAAAUUCCAAGUUUCUUUUAAAAUAUCAUAGGCUACAGUUUAGCAGAGUUUACCCGAAAGGAAGCCGUAUCGACAGUUCCAACUAUGACCCCAUGAAGUGUUGGAAUUCUGGAGUUCAAAUGGUAGCUCUUAACUAUCAAACACCAGACAGAGCAAUGCAGUUAAAUCAAGCUCGCUUUUUACAAAAUGGAAGAUGUGGAUAUGUUUUGAGACCAGAAUGUAUGUUUGAAGAUCAUUUUGAUCCACAUGACCGUUCCUGCGUAGAAGGUCGGGAACCUUUUAUGUUAUCUGUGCAGGUUAUUGCUGCUCGUCACCUGAUGAAAACAAGUAAAGGUAUUGUAAGUCCUUUCAUUGAACUUGAAGUACUGGGAUCUGAGUUUGAUACUGCUCGCUACAAAACCACUACAAAAGAGGACAAUGGUUUGAAUCCAGUCUGGAAAGAGACAUUCUCAUGGUCUAUUUAUAGCCCUGAACUAGCUUUAAUUAAAUUUACAGUCCAGUAUGAAGAUAUGUUUGGGGAUCCUAAUUUUCUAGCACAAGCCUGUUAUCCUGUUACAUGCCUCAGAUCUGGCUAUCGAUCUAUACCUCUGAAAAAUGAAUUCAGUGAAGAACUAGAGUUAGCUUGUUUACUUGUACAUAUUGAGUUACAAAAUCCACAUCAACCUGAGUUGAACUCUUUUCAACAACUUAAUUCCAUAGCAGGACCAAGUGAUCAAAGCAGAGCUCUUACUUUCCAACUAGAUCGUAGUGAAGACUCUUCAAGUUGAACAUAAGUGGAGGUGAUCUCAAGUAAUAAUGAUAAAACAUACUAUCUGAGAAGACUGAAUUAAUCAUGCAUUUAUUUUAAGGAAACUUAUGUUUUUGCAUUUAUGACUUCCUUUCAGAAACUACUUAAAACAGUAUUGGGAAACUAUCUUAAAACUAUGGGUAACUCUCUUUGUGUACAAGAAGGGAUAUUAUGCAAACUUUGUCAAUACUUUUAGUGGAAUAUGAGGAUGAUCAUAUGGAGUUCUAUAUGGAAACUCAAAUAAUGAAGAAAAUUUCUAUUGUAAGUAAUGACUUGAACUCAAACGGGUUUUAAUGUUUAGUGAUGGAAAUGUACCGUUAGUGAUGUGUUCAUGAUUGUGUUACGGUUUAUUAGAAAUGUUUUAUUCUAUCUAAAUUGUGUUCUUUUUUUAUCGAUUUAAAAAGACUUGUUUAUUGUUAUUCAUAAAUGUAAAAUUCUUAGAUAUUCUAAAAAUUAGGGUGACAAUAUUUGUUUUAAAUAUUUACUUUUAUGGCCAUAGAUAUUGUUAAAUUCAUACAAACUCAGAAUUUGUAAAAGUUCCAUAAUCACUGCAUUUAAUAUGAUUCUUUUUUUAAAAAAAAUUAAGAGAAGGAAGGAAAAAUUUUAAGAACUUAAAUUUUAUUGUUUUUAUUAUAUUGAAAUUUCACGUUUCUUUUAAGAAAAGGUGUUUAGUUUCUGUAAUCAUAUACUCAAGUAUCCUUCAGUAAUAGAAAAUUUUAAUUAUUUUACUCCAUUACUGACUUUGAAAUGCUUAUAAUUUUAUAUUUAUAGCAUAAAUUUUCCAUUUCAUAUUAAUUAAUUUUUAAAUGUAGCUCAAAAACCAGAAAAAAUUCCACUCUAAAUUUUAGAAAGAGCAUUAUUAUUUUGAUAAGUGCUUCACAAAUUACUAUUGGUCUAAGAAUGUCUGCAUAGGGUGUGUACAGUCUUAAACAGUUGAAUUUUUUCGUCUAUUUUUAAAACCUUAAAAAUCAUUGUUUACUUUUUAAAAAAAAAAUUUUAAAUAUUUUUUUAAUAUCAUUAAUAAAAACAUUCAUUGGAGAGAGGAUAGUUAUAAAUUACUUUUUAUUCUUUAAAAGGUGUUUAAAAAUUGCAUAUAUAUAUAUAUCAGCAUACUAUCUUGAAGUUUUCUUGUUGAUGCUUCGUUUUCCUGGCUGAUUAAUUUUGAAAUAUAUUUUAUUAUAAAAGUUAUCUAUGAAGAGAUUUAAUUGAAAUUAAAGUGAAAGACGUUUCUUAACUACACUAAACUGGAAAACAUUAAAUUUUAGGAUUUUAGUGUUUCAUUUAUAUUUACAUUAAUUUGCAUUUCUUGUUAAAAUAUUAUCUAAUAGCAUAAAAUGACUGUCUGAAUAAUAUUUUCUGUUUCAUACUCAUAUUAAUUAGGAAUUCAAUUAAAAAAUACAGAAAGGUAAACUUUUUAACAGUGUUUACAAUUGCUCUUGUUAAAUUUUUUGUGGACGUCUAGAUAACUUCUGCUUUAUCUAAAAUAAAUUUUAAGAAAGUGUCAAAUACUAAAUUUUUUAAAUCACUUGAUUGUUUAAAUUUCUAAAUUAUUAUUGGGAUAUGCAUAUAUCUUGCACAAUUUCAUAUUCUUAAUUUUAUAAAAUGCAUUGAUAUAUUUUUAUGUUAUUAAAUGUUUUAUAUAAAAGUUUUUUUUUUCUAUUUUGUCACAAAAUUUUAAAUUUAAAAAAAUUACCUAAUAAAAUUUUUUUUGUUGAAAAUAAUAAACUCUUACAAUCUUUAUCGAAAAACCUACUAUCCAUAUAAGUCUUUUAUUAUCUCACUUUAAUCUGUCUUCCAUGGCUUACUAUUUCUUAUGAAAAUUUAAUACACAUAAACUUUUGCAUAAACAAAGACAUUUUCAAAAAAUAAGAAUUUUAAAACAGUUAUGACUAUGAUUCGUAAAGAGGUAAUAUAAGUUUUUUGAUGAAAGAUACUAAUGAACUCAAGGCUUUUGUUAUUAAACAUAAUAAUGGUGAUAUUCUUUUUAGAUCUUUUUUAUAUCAGUGAGUAAGUGCAGUAAAAAAGCCUUCUAGUUCAAUAAAGAUUUUGAAUUAUUUUAUUUAUAUGCAAUAAUCACAAAUAGUAAAUAAUAAAGUUCUACUAAUUGUGAUUUUAAAUCUUGUUUUUAAUUAAAUCUUACUGGUGCAUUAUGUGAGCAUUUUUAAAUAUAUUCUUUUCAACAAUGGUAAAAAAAAGUUCAAAAAAUUACCUUCUUAUUUAAUAUCUGUACUCCUGAAUAAAUUGAUUUUUUUUAAAUAUAUUUCUUAUCAAACGAAAUUAUAUCUUUUUUUUUGCCUCUAAAACUAAAGCAUAGUGUACAUUUUUACUAGAAAGAGUCUUUCUGAUAUAAAUACAUAUCUCAUGAGCUAAUCACUGAACUAUUUUUGUGCUAUUUUUUAUUCUAAGGAAAUAAUGUAAUAUCAAUAUGUUUCAGCACGGGAUAUAGCUUGUCUUUAUCCCUAAAAUGUCUUUCAUUUGGGAGUUUUCAUAAAAUAUCAGUUUUGCUCUGUGCUACACUCGUGAUUUUCAAAUGUAGUAGGAUUUUUUUGUUCUUUUUUAUAUUCUUUUUUGCAUUGCAUGUUGAGUGUUAUCUGCAAGAAAUAAAUAUAUUCAGGAGUUUUUUUUUGUACACCAAAGUAUUACAAAAUGAUCUAAAAGCAUUAAAAUGAUAGUUUAAAAAAAUUCUCCAAUUUCUUACUCUAUGAAAAAUGGUGGUUAAUCAUAAUUGUAAAAAAUUUUUACUUUUUUACUAACAUUUCUUCUAAAAAACCAGUUAAGCUUCAUUUGUGGAAAAAAAUUGGUAGUAUGUGAUAUCUUUCUUAUGUAUACUGUUCAAUUUUUUUAAUAAUUUGUAGUUUAGUAAAUAUUUACCUGCAAGGGUUGAAAUUAUCUUAAGAGGAUGCAACCGGGAACAAUAUUCAUUAAUAUUUAAUAUUUUGAAAAUUAUCUAAAGUUUUUUUUUUAAUUCAGAAAAAUCAGAAAUAUAAUAAGAAUCAAAAGUAAAUUUCAAAAAUAAAUUUUAAAAUUUUUAGUCUGUCUAAACCAACAAGUUUUGAUGCAAAUUUUUUAUUUAUAAUAACGUUUAAAAUAAAAUUAUAAAGCUUUAUUAUUUUUUUUUACUUUUGAUAAGUUUUAGCUGUAAUGUACAAUAGUUUUGUAAAUGCGUACUUGCAAGGACGUACUUGCAAAGUAAAAAAUUUAUUAAGUAAAUGUAUUCAGCUCAGAUUACGACUCUUAGUGUUUAUAUGGCUCAUAAAAAAGCUUUAUUAAUCACAAAUGAAAAUUUUAGGAUUUAAAAUAAAAUAAUAACAUUUAAAAACAAACUAGAAUAUUUUAUUUAUUGAAUUUUAUGGGAUUUGCAAGUGCAUCUUCUUGCUGGUUUUUUAUAUGAUAAAAGAAAAAAUCAAAAUGGGUUAUUUGCAGAAGCAUGACAGCCCUUUAAAGAAAUCAAAAUCUUGUUUAGAUACAUGUUAGUGAGAUUUUCAUGUUAGUGUAAAAUGCAUUAGUUAUCCAGCACAAAUAUUUUUCUAGAUUGUUACUCAUCAUUGUGUCAUUGUUUGCCCCCAAAGUAUUUUUUGUAAUCCCUGUGUUCCAAAAUAUUGAUAGAAUGAGUUUUCAUUUUAAAUUUGAAUUUUUCUUUUUUUGUAAUAUAUAUGAACAGUGAUUAAAUCUUUUUUUAAUUAUUAUUGUUGUAUCUGAUUUUAUAAAUGAAUGAACAUUUUCUUGAUUGCCCUUUUAGUUAGUCUGUAAAACUGAUGUAAAUAAUUGUGUAUUAAUUAUGUUUGUGUUUAUUUGUAAUAAAAAAAAUUUCAUUUCUAUCUUUAAUGUAAUAUAACUAUUGCUAAAUUGAAUAUUAUUAUGCUUUUAAGCUAAAAUAUUGAAACACAACAGAAAAAAUUGCUGCGUUUUUGAAUGAUAAAAUAUUUUAACAUCUUUUAGAAGCACUUUGAUAGUUUGAAUUGAGACUAAAUGAUGCCAUGUAUUUAUUAAUUAUUAUUCGGUCGGUAUAUACCAGUUUCUAUUACAUUUUAAAAAGAAUUAUAUGCAUUUAUGAAUUUUAAAUAACAUAUAAGUGUUUAUCUUACAGUAACUCUUCAUAUUUAUAUGAAGAAAUAAUUUUAUAAAAUUGUUUUGUACAUUUUGUGAAGUUAAAUGAAAUGCAUUCCAUUGUAAAAAAAUUUUGUAAGUGUCAUUUAGUUUGCAUCAUACAGACCAACUUUCAGUUUGGUGUCAGAUUCCUUUAAAUUGGUGGAGUUUUGUGACCCAAGAGCUAAUAGAAUGUACUCUGAAUUGUGUAAACUGUUGCUGUUAAUAGGAAGUUAAGAAUGUUUAAUUAGUUUUAACAUUAAACAGGAGUGUAGGCAUAUUCUAUCUUUCUCUUUUUUAGUAAACUGUUUUAAAUAUUUUCACAACACUUUAUUUAUGGUGCAAAUUAUUAUUUAAAGUUGUUCAGACUAUUAGGGAAUACUUCUGCAAUGGUACCUGUUCAUGCCAACUACAAUCACCAAGGUGCCAAACUGGCAAAAAUUUAAAAUAUGUAUAGUAUGUAGAAGUUUAUCUGAGAGUGGUUAUGAGUUAUACCUUUUGAGUUAGUCUCCUUCUGUGUUUUUUUAGUUUCUCACAGGCCACUGCUCAGAAGGUGCCAAAAUUUGGCAGUUAUUUUGCCGCUGGUCCAGGUACAGAAAUUUCCCCAACUAUUUUUUUUUCCAUCUAUGCUUUGGGAAAGUGAAAAUCUGAUUGAUGCAGAAAGUUUGAAUCAGAUUCAGUCAAAUUGUUCCCAAAAGCUUCUGAAAAUUAUUAAUCGAAUAAUAUAUUUUUUAAGAUUUUAAUCCAUUCAACUAAAGUUUAUUUUCCUAAUAGAAUUGUUUGAAAUAUUGAUUAAAGAGUUAAGAACUAUGAACUAGGUUGUUCAAAAAGUCAGCAGUCAAAUAUUUGUUUACAUUUGAAAGUUGAUGCAACAAGAGUAUGCUCCACUGGCAUCCUUUCACAAAACUCACUCACUGGUUCUAAUUUUAUUGAGGCUGCAAAUAUGAGAACCAUUUUUUUUCCCUUCAUCUCUUUGUUAAGAUUCUUUUUUUCAUGGAAUAUGUGAAUUUUCACAUCUACACAUUCUAAAAAUGUGCUUGUUUAGUGCAUAAAUUAAUAACUGAUUCUUAAUACCUCAGUCGCUUGUUAUGCUGUAUCCUUUAUAUUGUCAUAUUAUACUGCUCUUUGACCUUGUCUCUGGAAGUCCUAAAAUAACAAAUACAAUCACUAAAGAAUUUUGUAUUACUUAAUUUUAAGAAAAAAGUUUUUUUAUCUUGAGAAACAAAACAAAAAAACUAGCAUUUUUGGCAAAAUGCAUUGUCAGAUCAUGUUGAAUAUUAUCGCAUGUGUAGAAUCCUCUUGAGUCUGAGAAAUGCUUGACUCAGAGCAAAUGCCUUAUUUGCACCACUCUUACAACAGGUCUGAAUUCUAAAACAAGUAUAUGUUGCUCAUAAAGAAACUGAGAAAAAGCGUGAUAAAAUUAAAUGUUUAACUCUUGUGCUUUUGGACGUUUAGAAAUCCUUCAAUAUGAUCAAAAUCGGUUAAAAAAUCUGAAGCAACUAAAAAAACAAUAUUUUAUUUUGAGUACCCGUGUGAAUCGUAUAUUUCAAAUGUUAGCUUAUUUAAAUCUUAAAAUUUGAACUAAGAGUAAAAGAUUAACACAUUAGAAAUCCGCAUAAUUUCCCAAGGAAUCAGCUUACAGCCAAUGUAACAUAUGAAACAAACAAAAAGCUACCUUUCUGAAAAUAAAUUAGAUGAAGAAAAAUGGUUUUCAUAUUUCAAAACAGCAUAUCUAAGUUUAUUUAAAUUAUUUUAAAAAUUUCAAACACCAAAAAGAAAAAACAAUUGUAGGUCUGUGUUAUAGGUGCACUAAACUAUUUUUUUUCCGGUAUUUUUUGUGACUGAGCAAUAUUUUGAACGUAUUGUAUAUACUUUUGUAUCUGAUAACAUUUCAAAAUAAAAUGUUUUCAAACUCA